AUCCCGCUUAGAUCAUCCAGCCUCGGGGAUCACCACCUCUCCGCAAAACACGAUUUUUCCAUGUGUUACGGCGCAGCGAGAUGAGUUAGGAAUUAUUGUGCGAACGAGACCUGCGUGUCCCAUGGACCAUGGACCGUGGACCAUGGGCCAUAAACCCGUAUGUGUGUGGUGUUGCAGCGGAGAGCUCUUUUUUUCUUCUUCUUUUUUUUUUGUCCUCGGCACGGCAUGGGGCAUGGCAGCGAUUGGUCCUUUCGCUCCAGGAGACGGGUGACAUGAAUAUUGUUCAGCAAUUAUUACGUACGCGAAUUAUCUGCAAACAACCGAGGAUGCCCUCAGAUGAACGCUGGGCCCCUUUUUCUCGUGUGCUUCGUGCUUACCUAUUCGUCAUGAUUGCUGCCAAACAGGCGAGUUAAUUUUAUUGCGAGGUUGUCUUCUAUAAACUCUUGUAGCUCGGCAUACGUUCUCACAUAAUACGAAAAGGCCUCUCGCGACGUGUUCUUGUUUCGUAGUGUUCCAUCCGGACCCCUUUCCCUCAUUCCGUCCAGGGACCACGAG